CACAAAUACAUCAACUUCGUGGAUUAGCAUAUAAAAAAUUAGGUCAUCAACAAGAAGCUAGAUUAGCUUUGGCAAGUAUAAUAAAAUUACAACCAACUAAUCUUAAAAUUAUACAUCAACAUGCAGAUUUAUGUGAAUCACUAUCAUUAUAUUUUGAUUCAUUAUCAGAUUGGAAUAAAUUAUAUAAAUUAUUAAAUCUAAAAUCUGAUUCUGAAUAUGAUAGAAAAGCCAUCAAAGUAAUUCUUCUAAAUCGAGGAAGAAUUCUAUCAAAACUUUGUAGAUAUGAAGAAGCAUUAUCUAUUUUUAAUGAAGGAUUAAAAUUAUUUCCACAAAAUGUUGAUUUAUUAUGUUAUCGAGCUGAAGUUUAUAAACAAUUAGGUAGAUAUGAAGAGGCAUUAAAUGAUUUAAAUAAUAAUAUAGAUCAACCAAAAAAUAUGUGCCAAUUUUACAUUACUCGUGCUGGAAUUUAUAAGUCUUUGGAAAAAUAUCCAGAGGCUUAUCAAGAUUUGAAAGUGGUUUUUGAAUCAAAAAUUGACCUUAUGUCUGAAAUGUACACGAUCGGAUUAUGUUAUAGGGGUUCAAUUUAUCGAAUAUAUAAAAAAUAUGAUAAAGCCUUGGUUGAUCUGAAUAAAGUUAUCCAAAGGGAUCCGAAUAACGCUUUGGCGUUAUGUGAACUAAGUGCUGUUUACAGAGAACAAGGACAAUUUGAUGACGCUUGGGAAAACAUUGAAAAAAUGUUGCUAUGCUGUUAA